AUGCAGGUGGACGAGCUCGAGGCCGCUCCGCCCUCUGGCGACGCAGAUGGCUCUGCAGCCUCUGCUGCUUCCGUUUCGAUGCCGAAAAGUCGCGGGUAUCAGCAAGAGAUGUUGGAGGAAAGCCUGCUUCGCAAUAUCGUGAUUGCUUUGGAUACAGGCGCUGGGAAGACGCAUAUCGCGGUCCUGCGUAUGAAGCUCGAAGUUGAACGCGAGUCGACUAAGGUGUGCUGGUUCCUGGCCCCGACCGUCGCGCUCGCAAACCAACAAUACCGCGUCAUCAAGAGCUCGCUACCGGUCAACGUAGCCAUGAUCUCAGGAGCCAACGAGCCAGAUCAAUGGAAAGACAUCAAGCUCUGGCAGCGAGUUCUCAGCGACCAUCGCAUCGUCGUCACUACUCACGAUGUUCUUCUCAAUGCGCUACGCCACGGAUAUGUCAAGCUUGGGCGUGACAUCAAUCUCCUGGUCUUCGACGAAGCACAUCACGCAGCGGACAAGCAUCCGUACAACCUCAUCAUGCAGGAGUUCUACCGACCACUUCCGGAGAGACCAGCGGGAAAGGAGCGUCUAUCGGUACCGUCCACUGCGGUGGUCCGUCCAAUGGUUAUCGGUCUUACCGCCAGUCCCAUCUUCGGUGGGGACGUCGAGAAGGCGUUCAUGAAGAUCGAAUACAACCUGGAUUCGACCAUACGCGCACCGCUUAUGCACCGAGCAGAGCUCGCCGGUUUUGUGCAUCGACCUCGCUUCGACUACGCCAUCUACACCAUGCCUCCAUACCAGCUGGACUCGGAGAACGCACCGACGGCCGGUCUCCGUUCGCUCAAGGCCGUUAUCGAGGCACUCGAUAUCAACGAAGACCCUUAUGUCGAGUCGCUACGCCGCAAACUACGCAACUCACCGGCUGGGCCGGAGAAGACCCGAACAGAUCAGCGCCUCUCGAAGUCCAUCGCAAAGAGGGACACCUACACCCAUAAGGGUCUCCGUGACCUGCAUCGUGCUGUGGAUGAGAUCUGCAUGGAUGUGGGGACGUGGGCUUCGGACUGGCUUUUGUUCAAGGUGCUCGAGCAAGCCCGCCGCUCUCAAGGCCUUCUUCCUGAGCUGGCCGGUCUGGCCAAUACGAAGGAGACGCGUUACCUGACGGACAACCUCGAUCGGGUUGAAACUCCCCUACUAUCUUACGACGACGACGCCAUUCUGGCCGGAUGCUCACACAAAACCAGCGUGUUGAUUGACGCUUUGUUGGCCGAAAAGGAGUCGUGCGAAGGAUUGGAGGAAGACUAUCGCGCACUUGUCUUCGUGACACGCCGCGACGCCGUGUUAUCCCUGGCCGAGUUGCUCGCGCACCACCCUCGCACGCGCAACACUCUCCGUGUGGGCUGCCUCCUCGGUAACUCGGAGAGUACGCGCCGACACUCGUUCCUCGACAUCACGCGCCACUUGCUCAAGCAGGAUGCUAACAAGACCCUGAAUGACUUCCGCACAGGCGAUCUGGACGUGAUAAUUGCAACCGCUGUAGCCGAGGAGGGUCUCGACAUUCAGGCAUGCAAUCACGUCGUACGAUGGGAUCCUCCUCCCAAUAUGGUCAGCUGGGCCCAGAGUCGCGGACGUGCGAGGAAGCAAAGGAGUACAUUCACGGUCAUGUUCUCCGACGAGCUCGGCGCUACCAAGAUCGCUGAUUGGCACAUACUCGAGGAGAGGAUGAACGAACUUUACAACCAGGAGCGUGCGAAGAAGGAAGAGCUGGAAGAUGAUGGCGAGGAGCUGAAUCCGCGAGAGUUUGUGCAUCCGGAGACAGGUGCUAAGCUGACACUGAACUCUGCCGUCGAGCAUCUCACUCAUUUCUGUGCCAUUCUUCCUUGGUCCGGGCGUAGCGCACAUGCUCCGAUAUUUGAGGUCCUGCCGCACGAGUAUCCGCCCGAAUGGCACAACUACGGCGGCUACAUCGCACCUCCGAUCGGUCCAUUUGGCUGCACAGUCACUCUCCCACGCCUUAUUGAUGCGUCCUUCCGCUCCUUCUCGACGCCGGAGAUCCACGCUACGAAAGUCUCCGCACGUCGCCAUGUCGCAUUCCAAGCGUAUCUCACUCUACAUGAGAAAGGGUUACUCAACGAACAUCUUCUGCCGUUGAUGAGUCAACUUGAGCCCGAGAAGGAGGAGGAAGUGCGCAUGCUGCUAAAGGAAGUCGAGAAGCACCACGGCACCACAAGAGUUACGAGCCAGAUGGAUCCUUGGCUCCCCUCUGGACCGCAGGAGACAUGGUGGUCCUCGUUGAUCCAAGUACCGGGACUGCCGGAUAUGCGUCUCUUGACGCUACGCCCUCUCGCAACACUCUCUCCGGAUGAGAUGCCCAUCUUACACUCGCCCGAACGCGGUUCAUUCAGGGUUCAUGUGCAUACCGACACGGCGCCUUACUCGGUUGAUGCUGACACCAUCGCAGAGGCACGCGAGUAUACGCGCCGCCUUUUCGUUCCGCUCUUCGGCUCGCGGAUGACGUGGGAGAAGACGGACUUCGCUUUCCUCUUCCUUCCUACCCGCACUCGCGACGCGACUUCCUCUCACUGGGAUAAUCGGCGUGCGGCAUAUGCUGCAGAGCAUGAAUUGGCAUCUGUCACUGCUCAGCCACUCCUAGCGCGGGCGUCCUGGUUCACUGAGCGAUUUGGCCUUCCGGACGACAUUUUCGUCGUGAGCGAGUCUCGCCGCUACGGAAAGCCAUUCCGAUUCGUGCGAUGGCGCACAGACCCGCUUUCCGCCGAGGAACGUGUUGAGCUGUACGAACGCUACCACUUUAGCGAGCACGAGAGCAUGGAAAUCAAAUAUCCCUUGCUCGAAGUCAAACCCCUAACGUCGCGCAUGAACUUCCUCGCUCCUGUGCCACCGGAAGCUAGGGGUGACGACGCGGCCAGUCAGCGUUCAAUUGUACUCUUGCCCGACUGGGCUACUAUCGGCCUGAUAUCCGCGGACGAGGCGCGCUUUGCUAUGUAUGCGCCGUCCAUCUUGCGGUAUCUGGCUAUGGCCAAUACGAUCAUUUCGAUGCGGGAAACCAUCUUGCGACCGGCUUUUGGGGACGCGAUGCCAGACUUGAAGCUCCUUCUCGAGGCCGGAACAGCACCCGUCGCACAGGAAUCGUACAACUACCAACGCCUCGAACUACUGGGCGACACGGUGCUCAAGUUCCUCACGAGCGUCAACCUACUCGCUGAACAUCGAUACUGGCAUGAAGGCUAUCUUGCUCGCCGUAAGGACCAUUCCGUGUCGAAUACAUCGCUCGCGAAAGCUGCUGUGGCGAAAAAGAUGUACCUAUGGGUUGUUCGAGACCGGUUCUCCCCCAGGAGAUGGAAGCCCACCUAUACAUCACUCGAGGAACAGCUCGCAGAGCCGCCUAUCGAGAUUGAUGGCACCAUCAAGGUUAAGAAGCGACAAGAUCUCUCCACGAAACUGUUGGCGGACGUAAUCGAGUCCACCAUUGGUGCAGCGUAUAUUCGCGGCGGGCUGGAUGCGGGCACGACUGCUGUCCGCGUCUUCGAGUUGGGCGUCCCGAUGCAGCCCCUUUCUGAGCGCGUAGCGCAGAUUCGGUCACGUGCACAGGAGCUCGAAAGCUACCCCGCUUCGCUCUCUGCUGUAGAGGAGAUCAUUGGGCACAAGUUUGAGCAACGCGCGCUCCUUGUCGAGGCCCUCACGCAUGCCAGCUAUCAGAGCGACCUGGCAACGGUCUCAUAUGAGCGCAUGGAGUUUCUUGGCGAUGCCGUGCUGGAUAUGAUCGUCACGGACUACCUAUACCGGGCCCCUCAGCAAUAUUCACCGGGUCAACUGCAUCUGAGGAAGAUGGCCGUAGUCAAUGCACACUUCCUAGCACUGCUCUGCCUGCGCUCCCAUACGAAGAGCACCAGCGCCCUUCCCACCUGGAGUGGACGCGCCGUGAAGCUUCAGCACGAAGAAAAGGCGACGUAUCUCUGGCAGUGCCUCUUGCACUCCAGUGUUCCUGUUCUUGACGAACAAAACAUCACGUUUGCGCGCUGGCAGACACCCCGCGGCGGUGCCCGCAUAGAAGCGGAGCUGGCGCGCAGUCGAGUCUUUCCUUGGGCUCCCCUCAUGGCACUACAAGCACCCAAGUUCCUCAGCGACAUGGUCGAAAGCCUGCUCGGCGCAGUCUUCAUAGACACGCACGGAAGUUUGGACGCAGUCCGUGCAGUACUCGUACGCCUCGGUCUGAUGCAGGUCCUCGAACGCAUCGUGCGCGACGACGUCGAGACCCUCGAUCCUGUCUCCCAACUCAGUCUUUGGGCUUCGAAGCGCCAGGAGAAGAUCGAGUAUCGUGUUCAACGGAGAACUGCCCAAUGCACUGUCGUUUGGGAUGGCUUCGAAGUGCUCACGCAUAAAGAGGAGUGGCACGGGCGUGCUAGCCAGGAGGACGCGAGGUUUGCAGCGGCUGAGCGCGCUUUGCAUUUGUUGCGCGACCCCGUGACGCGUCUAGAGAUCCUGGCGCGCAAGUGGGAGAAGCCUCUAAACUACGACAUACAUCACGAGAACGGUGGGGGAUUAUCGUGUGGUGUCUCGCUCGACUUCGAGGUUGCACGCGUAUAUGGCCAAAUCGACGCACCCGAUGCACUCCGUCGGAAGGGCGCGGAAGAAGCUCUUAAACUCCUCGAGGACCCGCGCUGGCGACUCGAAACCUGGUGUGCACGGCGCGAGAUCGAGUACGAGUUCGUAUGGGACAUGGUGAAGGAUCACGACGAUGAUGAAGAGUCGCCGGUCUGUGUACUGUUUGUCGGUGGUGUCGAGCUCGCUCGCAAGCGCCGUCCCCGAAAAUGGAAGCGCUUCGUGCAUGAGGAUGUGGAGAAGAAGGUAGCAAAGCUCGGCAUGGUCAUAUUGGAUGAAGAGGAUGCCGAGGCUGCGAAUAACGACGAAGGGCUAGUAGAAUUGGAGCAAGAUGCCGAGGAAGGCGAGGAAACCAGUGCUUGGGAUGCGUGGGAGGCAGAGGCUGGUACCGAGGAAAGCUGGUGA